AUGAGCCGCAGCCCAGAGAGGAUCUCUUCCUACCGCCGUCACUUUGAGGACAGCAGCAUCUCGUCCUACCAGGUCAGGGUGUCCAGCCCGUCCCCAACCAGGAGAGAGUCCAGGCGUUCAUCCGCUGGCUACUCCUGCCGAGCCGGGGCCGGCGGAGGCAUGCGUGUUGAGUCAGUGGGACGUAGGACAGUGUCAGCUGCACGCAGGUCUCGCAUGACUGGAGCAGGUGUGGGAGCAGGAGCCAUGGUGUGUGUUGGGCCCAGUGGAGAACCUGCCAUGGAUCUGGAUGUGGCUGCAGCUGAGAACAAGGAAUACCGCAGCACCCGCACCAAUGAAAGACAGGAGAUGGUCGUCCUCAAUGACAGACUGGCUGUAUACAUUGACAAGGUUCGAUCACUUGAGCAGCAGAACAAGCUACUGGAGACAGAGAUCUCGGCCUACCAGAACAAGUUUGAGAAGCCAUCAGGUCUGCGCCUCAUGUAUGAGGAACAGCUGAGGGAGCUGAGAAAGAUUGCCGAGCAGAUGAGAGUUCAGCGGGACAUUUCCCUGGCAGCUAAGGAGUCUGCAGCUGCUCAACUGGAGGCCAUCAAAAUCAGAUACGAGGAGGCAGUUGAGCUGAGGAGGAAAGCUGAGGCUGAAAUUGAAACCUUCCGUCCAGAUGUGGACAAAGCCACCUCCGAACGCAUCGUCCUGGAGAAGAAGCUGGAGCAGCUGGAAGUUGAAAUUGAAUUCCUUAAACGCGUCCAUCAACAGGAAAUUGAUGAGCUUCUGAAACAGAUUUAUGCAGCUCAUGCCUCAGCAGCGAGCGCCUUCGCCCUUCCUGAUCUCUCCGCUGCUAUGAAACAAAUCCAAACCCAAUAUGAUGACAUCGCAGCUAAGAAUCUCCAGGAGAUGGAUUCGUGGUACAAAAAUAAAUUUGAAGAUCUAACCAGCAAGACGACGAGGCACGUGGACAAGGUUCGAAGCGUGAGAGAAGAAAUCGCAGGCGCCAAAAAGGAUAUCCAAAACAAAGAACGAGAGUUGGAUUCCAUGAGGACCAAGAAUGAAGCUCUCGAGGCCCGGAUCCUAGAGAUGAAGGAAAAAUAUAAGAAGGAACUGGAAGACCUGCAGGCUCGGAUUGAGGCCCUGCAGCUCGAGCUGAAAUCCACCAAGGAGAAGAUCGCGCUGCACCUGCGCGACUACCAGGACCUCCUGAAUAUCAAGAUGUCUCUGGAGAUUGAGAUCACAACUUACAGAAAACUGAUCGAAGGAGAGGACCUGCGACUCUCUGAUAUGAUGCACACCAUGUCUUUUACCAGCUGUAGCGCCAUUGGUUCUGGCAUGAGCUUCAGUGGAGGAGGCAUGGGUGGCGCAGGUGGAAUAGGUGGCGUUGGAGCAAUUGCCAGUGGAGCAGGAAUGGGUGGGGGCAUGGGUGCAGGAGGCCUGGGUUCUGGAGGCCUGGGUUCAGGUUCAGGCAGCGCUGGAGGCAAAAGUGAAGGCGCGGGUGAUAUUGGAAAGGUUGCUGGCACUGCAGGCAGUAGCGCGGGGCUCAGUGGUGGCAAUGGUGGCACAGGUGGAGGAAUGGGCAAUGGGGGUAAAGAUCGUGGAAUGGGAGGGGGAAUCGGGGGCAGUGAGGCCGUGGGUAGAGAUGAUGUAGAUGUUGCACUGUCCGGUGUUAAUGGAGUGGGGAAGACUGGUGGAGGAAUGGGUGAUGCCAGUGGUGUCGGAACAGGGUCAGAUGAACAUGGCGGCAACCCUGAUUACCCAGAGCAGGCGGUGGAACUGACGGAGAGGAGGACGGUGCUCAUUAGGACGGUCAAAAACGAAGAUGACGUAGUAGAGAUGGACCACCAGGAACAAACCUACACCAUCACCGGUGCAGCCGAUGAUUUUGACAACGAAUGA